AUGGAUCAGAUUGUGUCAGGAGAAGAAGAUCUUGAUGUAGAUAUUGAAGAAGGUGGUAGUAGAUUCAAUGAGACACAAGAAGAGAUUACGACGAAUCUUGUUUCUAUAGAGGGGAGAUUAGAUAGUGUUUGGAGUGGACGUUUGAGUUAUGAUGGGUCUGAAAAGACGACUGAUGAUGAUGAUUUGAUAAACCCGUUAAUAGGAGACGAAAAGCGGAGAGAAAGAAGCAGUCAAAGUUUGGAUCUUUCGGAUCGAAAAUUCGAUAGUGUUAAGUUUAAGAAGACUAGAAAGCCUUCAAAGCCGCCUAGACCUCCAAAAGGCCCGUCAUUGAGUGCAAAUGAUCAGAAGUUGAUGAGGGAAAUCACGGAGCUCGCUAUGAGAAAACGUGCUCGGAUUGAACGGAUGAAAACAUUGAGACGAAUGAAAGAAGCAAAAUCAUCGUCUCCCUGCAGUAGCGUUUUCGCUAUGAUUGUAACGGUUAUAUUCUUCGUCUUCCUAAUCUUUCAAGGGUUCUUCACAAGCAAUGCAAGUUUGAAUUCAGACAAUUCACCCGCACCAAGUCGUAUGGUCUCUGUUCAAUUAUACAACGAGUUUGCUCCUCGUGAGAGAGUCGAUCCCAGCCCUACUACUUCUUUCAGGUAUAAGAGAGUUUCAGGUGCAGAUAAUGAAGAAAACACGAGAGAAGUUACCAGAUGA